GCAAAGCCCCAGUCUUGUCUAACCAGUCAAAGCGUUGACACACACACAACAAAUCCAACACUAAAUCCACUGCAAUCAUGCGUUUCUUUGCCCUGAUCGCCCUCUGCCUGUUCGCCCUGCUGUCGCUCACCGUGGCCCAGGAGGAGUUCUGCCCGUGUCCGCGCAACUUUGAGCCCGUCUGUGGCUCCGACUCCAGGACCUACACCAACAAGUGCGAUCUGCAGUGCCAGGCCACCAAGGCGGCGCGUCAAGGCCGCAGCAUUACGCUCAUCAAGGAGGGCAAAUGCUGAGAAAUCAAAUAAUAAC